UCCUAUAAAAAUGAUGAUUUCUAACACUUUGUUUUAGUAGAAAAUAAAAGACUGAGAACAGCUGCAGCCUCAUAGUAGGUUUUACUUUUCUGUAAAUUAUAAAACAACCGCUGUGGACAUUAAUAAUAUUAAUAAUAAUUAAUAACUUAUAAAAGCUUCAACCAGCACCGUCUGUCCACCCAGAGGUCCGUUCAGUAGCAGCUCGUUCUCACUCCCAGGUCGUCAGAUACAGACACGAGUGGUGUUCAGUUAGUUGCAAUCUGCUACUUCGCCACUGAAUACUACUCGCUGCUCCUGUCUUAUUAACACUGUUAAAGGUAAAGAGGAUUUGGAGAUAGCGAAUCCCUCGCCUCACCCUCCUGUUUUGUACCUCGUUUUUUCCGUUUUCUGUUUUCUCAACAACAAACGGAGAGAACAGGUUAUUUUAUCGUUUUCUGUUUGUUUUCAAAACACAAAACGGGUUUGUUUUUGUUUUCUUUUUUCUUAUUUUCAAAACAAAAACAGAAUCUGGGUCAUUUUAUAGUUUUCUGUUUAUUUUCAAAAUAAAAGCACGUAAAACAGCUAAUUUUGGUUUUUCUCCUUUUGUAAACUGACAGUCUGUUUAUCUGCAGUGUUUGCUUCGUCCGUUCAGGUGAUUAAACACAGUGACUAUUAUAUUUCUGACUCGUGUCCUCACACUGGUGUCGGUAUAAAACAAGCGGGCCGGUCUGGGAGCCGGUCUUUGUGUUCAGGAGGUUUUCCUGCUCUCGCUAUCGGCUCAGCCGCUCUCCAAUCUCACUGAUUGUGAUACCGAACAGACAGUUUGCAUGUCUCUCGCCUGUCAGAGGUCUGAUUGGGCGACACCAAAACACGCUUGCGUCAGCACACUGCACCCCGUCACCCAGAAUGCAACUGCUCUCCGUCCUGCGAGGAAGACGAAUGGCAGACCGUGUCGCUGGCAGCGGGGUCGCCCUGCAGGGACGCCGGCGAGGACUCAGAGGAGCUUCGUCCUGCAGCUCCAGAGGACAGCAUGUGUGUUCAGGCUGCUGCUGGCAGCGAUACGCGGCUGAUAACGAGUAUCUCGCCACGGCGCUGUCAGAGAGAGGCGGCGAGGAGAUAAAAGCAGAAUGUGUGUGUGUGGAGGGGAUGAGCGGAGAAGGCAGUGGAGCUCAGCAGGAAGAGGAGGAAGAGGAGGCCUGGACCUUCGUGAGCAGACGUCUCUGGCAGCCGUCUGAUCGAUAUGAAAGCUUCCUCGCCGCCGCUGCUGCUGCUGCUGGUUGUCAGCGUGUGCCAUCGACCGGCGGGAGCCACGAAACAGGAAGCGGUGGUUUCACCUGAGGACCACGGCUCUCGACUCCGAGGACUCUGGAAGCUGCACAUAAAGGACUCGCUGCUGAAGGGAAAAGGUUCUGGUCCUCAGCCAAUCAGAGACGGGGUCAAACAGCAGCUGCUCUACUGCCGCGUCGGGAUUGGCUACCAUCUCCAGAUUCUGCCCAACGGCUCCGUGGGAGGCGUCCACAAACCCACCGAGAACUGCUGGCUGAAGGUGUUUGCUAUGAAACACGGCGUGGUGGGAAUCAGAGGAGUGAAGAGCGGCUUGUACGUCUGUAUGAGCGCCGACGGGCUGGCAUACGGGGCGGAGCGGUUUUCUGACGACUGCCUGCUGAAGGAGAACCUGGAGGAGAACCACUACACCACCUACUCCUCGGUGUCUCACCCGGCCGUCUAUCUGGCGCUGUCCCACAAAGGGGAGCUCAGGAAGGGCAACAGCGUGGGCCGCCACCAGUCCUGCACCCACUUCCUGCCCCGGAGGACGCCGUGAUCGGUACCGGAGCCACGUUUAGGAAGCAUGUUCGCUCACGUUGCGUCUCC